AUGGCUGAACCAGGCAAUCCAAUCUUUGAGAAUUGCGUCUUCGCUUUCUGGCAAAGCAGAGAUCUCCCAGACGCGACAAUCGAUCAAUCUUCCCAGCUGCACAAUACUUUGGAGAAUCAUGCUGGAGAAAUCUCCCCAAACGAUGACGACGGAAAAAUCAACCUGGAAGAUGUUACCCACAUCAUAUCGACGACCAGCGAUUUCCCCCAAUACUCCGAGGCGCGUCGAAAUAUGAUUAGUAUCGUCAAACCUGCUUGGAUCACACAAUCGCUGUUGAAGAACAAGCAAGCUCAGCCGCGACCUUACACUCCAGACCCUAACCUUAUUUUCUCUGAUAUCACAAUAAGUUGCGCCGACAUCCCUACCGGUGACAAAGAUGCUAUCAUUGGCGCGGUUCUGGCAAUGGGCGGAGCAGAGUCGAGCAGUCUCACCAGGUUGACUACACAUAUUUGUGCUCUCACGGUUGAUCACCCGAAGUGCCAACAAGCAUUAGAAAAAGGUCUCAAAUGCAAGAUGGUCUUGCCUCACUGGCUGACGAUGAACAGGUUUGAUGAUUGUCUGAAAUUGGGCAAGCGCAUAGAUGAAAGACCAUACUGCUUGCCGGAUCCUGAGAUCUUCAAAAUGAAACCGGAAGAUACCCUUGCAAUUCCUGAUUCUGACAGGCUGCUCGGUGCUUCAUCACCACACCCUGACACUCUCCCCAUUUCCACUGUAGAUUUACGCCAUUUAGAUGUUUUUCGCAACAAGAAGGUUAUGAUAUCCAAAGACCUGGAAAUCAACGGUCGACAUCUCAAGGUGCUCGAGGAUCUCAUCGUGAAUGGGGAUGGCUCCAUUACGAAUUCAGUCCAUAAUGCUGAUAUGUUCAUUUGUCAUUGGCGCGAGGGAAGAGACUAUACAUUUGCGUCUCGUGCUGGCAUUGAUGUGGGAAAUCUCUCCUGGCUAUAUCAUUUGAUUACACAUAAUGAGUGGACAUCCCCACUCCGACGAUUGCUCCACUACCCCAUUCCUCGUGAAGGCAUUCCUGGCUUUGAGAAAUUCCGCAUUACACUGUCGAAUUAUGGGGGCGAAGCACGAACAUACCUAGAGAAUCUCGUUAACGUUUCCGGUGCGGAGUUUACCAAAAGCAUGAAGCAGGAUAACACCCAUUUGAUUACGGCACGAAAGUCAAGUGAAAAAUGCGACGCUGCAGAGGAUUGGAAUAUCGAUAUGGUGAACCAUUUGUGGAUUGAAGAGUCCUACGCCAAAUGCGAAGUGCAAAAGUUGAGCAACCCGCGAUAUAAUCACUUCCCUCCGAGAACGAACUUAGGUGAGAUUAUUGGUCAAACACAGUUCGAUCCGGCAGUGCUCGAGUCACGAUACUUCCCUAGAGAUCCUACCCCAAGCCCAUCGGACCCAAAGCCUCUUAGAAGGCCAGUUAUGCACGAGAAGGAUCGUAACCAGCCAAGCUUAAAAAUAUCCGAAGACGAUGAGGAGGAGGAGGAGAAGAAAGAGAGACGUCCAGCAAAGGCCAAGAAAACCGCAGCCACACGACCCCGAUCGAAAUCUACGACAGCCCUAGUCAGCACUCCAGCUCCAAAUCGACGCAUCAGUGCUGAGAAGGAAAACGAUACACCAUCUUCGACUCGAAGUGCAAAAGACAAAGCACGGGCAAAUAUCCAUGGGUUGUCAGCCGAUAUUGCUUUGUAUGAGAAAGAAAAGAAGCGCAAAGGUCCAAUCUGGGGUGGAGAGCGUGCUGCGAAUAACAUUGACAAACAAAAAUCGCUAAAGCGACGUAGUUCAAGUCCAGCCAACCUUGCGAGUGAAGGAGAAGAGUUCUCAGAAGAGGAGGACACCAGAACACCAAAGCGUCAACGAACUAGCAAGCCAGCUAAUACCUUACCCCCUAUUGGAAUUCGCCUUCUCGUGACUAGUUAUCAAGGAUGGAUAGGCAAUACCAACAAGGAGGAUGCAGACAGAAAAAAAUUGAGAGAGCUCGGUGUCCAUGUUGUCCAAGACCCCAGCAAUUGUACCCACCUAGCCGCACCCGCUAUCGUCAGAACCAAGAAAUUCCUUGCAGCACUUGCCAGCGGACCCACCAUUGUUCGAUCUGAAUUUAUCGACGCCUGUAUCAAAGACGGAAAAGUUCCUGAUGCGACAGCCUUCGUCCUGAAAGACACGACCAAUGAGAAGAGGUUCGGAUUGAAGCUGAAAGAUGCGGUUGCCAGAGCCAAGGCUAAUAAACGUUCAAUUCUUCGCCACGUUCCUAUUUACUGCACUGAAGAUAUCCCUAACAAGCCGGAAACAUACAAGGACAUCGUCCAGGCCAAUGGGGGUACAUUCACCUUAUUCAGAGGCAAGGCUUUUGCUAAGAAGGUCAAGCCGGAAGAGGACGAGGGCGGAAAUGAGCCUGUCUAUCUGCUCAGUGGUACGAAGGAGAAAGAGAAGGUGAUGUGGCCAAUAUUUCGGGAGGAAGCUAAAAAGGGGAACAUGGUGCCCAGAAUCGUCUCGACUGACUGGAUUCUGAACACUGCCAUCACCCAACAAUUGGAGUCGAGUGACGACUACCUGCUGGACGACGAGUGUUAA